AUGUGGCCUUUACUAAUUUUUAUUUUAUUUUUACUGAUAUGCAAAGAAGCCAUACAAAAACCAGAAUCAUAUCCUCCAGGUCCACCAUUGAUGCCUAUAAUAGGCAACUUGUUCUCACUCUGGUUAAGUUUAAAGAAAUUAAAGUACCAUCACAGUGUUUGGCAAGAGUGGUCAAAGAAAUAUGGGAACAUACUGGGCCUUCGACUUGGUUACACCAACGUUGUUGUUGUUUCUGGUAGAGAUUUAAUUAAAGAGGUGUCUUCUAAAGAUGUUUUUGAUGGAAGACCGAAUGGGUUUUUUUAUUUACUUAGAUCUUUUAAUAAGAAACUUGGAUUAGUAUUUUCGGAUGGAGCAACAUGGCAUAAAACGAGACGCAUGGUUUUAAAAUGCCUUAAAAAUUUUGGAUAUGGUUCGCGAUCCAUGGAAUCUAAUAUUAGCGAGGAAUGUAAAGCCCUGAUUGACCUAAGGAUGGCAGACGCUGGAAUGCCUGUAGUAGUGAACCACAUGUUUGACGUCUGCAUCGUCAAUAUCCUUUGGAAGUUAGUAGCUGGCAGGAGGUACGACUUGACAAAUGAGCAACUAACAAUUUUAUGCGAUCUCAUCACCAGAUCCUUUAAAGUUGUUGAUAUGAGUGGUGGUAUUCUGAAUUUUAUGCCAUUCCUCAGACAUGUUUUUCCAAAUUUAAUUGGAUAUAAUGAGCUUAUUGCUAUCCACGAUUCGCUGUAUGACUUUUUACGAACUACGAUACAAGAACAUCAAAAUACGAUUGAUAUAAAGAAACCAAGAGAUGUUAUAGACAUGUUUUUAAUUGAAAUGAACUCACAGAAGAAUGAAUCUUUUUCUACUGAAGAGCUUCUAGUGAUAUGCCUUGAUCUACUUGAAGCAGGAGUAGAAACUGUUAGUAACACAACAGUGUUUAUGCUUCUUCAUAUAGUAAGAAAUCAAGAAGUCCAGAGAAAAUUGCAGUACGAAAUUGACACCCAAGUUGGAUCUUCUCGACGCCCUACUCUUAGUGACAGAUCUAAGAUGGUAUACACGGAAGCGGUUCUGCUUGAAACACUGCGAAUAUCAAGUGUGGCUGCUGUAGGUAUACCGCACAUGGCACUCGAAGAUGCAAGACUUGGAAACUACACAAUACCAAAGGGCACUUUUGUGCUACUGGCCAUUCACGACCUUCACAACGGAGAACAUUGGAAGGACUCCUUAUCGUUUCGGCCGGAGCGUUUUUUAACAAGAGAAGGGAAUCUGAUUCAAGAUGACUGGCUCAUGCCUUUUGGAAGCGGUAAAAGGAGGUGCAUCGGCGAAGGAUUGGCUCGUUCAGAACUGUUCAUGUUUCUGACACAUUUGUUGCAAAGGUUCAACCUUACAGUGCCUGAAGGUGAUAGUCUUCCAAGUGCAGAUCCAAUUGAUGGAGUUACACUGUCAGCUAAAGAAUUCAAAAUUGUAUUUGAACCUAGAAAUAAUAGUUUUAUGUAA